ACUGUUUCUGCUUCCUCUUCAUCAAUUUUCCGUUUCGAACAAAUCACGAUUCACAUUCAUUACUGCUCAUUGCUGUUCCCUUUCCAUUAUCCCACCAAACUGAUGAGCGUUGACGAAGCUGCUUCUUCUUCUUCCUCCUCCUCCUCCUCCUCCUCCUCAUUUCCAUCCCUACCCUCUCCUCUCUUUUCAGCACCAGCUUCUCCCAUUGCUUUUACUCCGCCAGAUUCCACCUUCAUUUCCUCCAAAUCUAACACCCCUUUUUUCCCCCCCUCUCAUUUCUCAAGAACUAAUAGGGGAGAGUUGCAUCUUUAGGUGGAAUUUGACUUCCUGAAGGAUCCAAAUUUCAGAAGGCUGGGUUCGAUAUUGAGAAAGCACCAGAAUUUUUUACUCGAUCUGUUGAAGCUAAGGCGGAUUGACACAAGAUUAUAUUCUAUUUCCCUUUUUGUUUCCUUCUCACUUCACCAGCUAUUAGCUUCAGAAUAUUGGUACUCUCAGAUUCUUUCCUUACUCCAUCAAGGAAGAAUUGCAUCCUUAGGUGGAAUCGACUUGCUGAAGGACCCAGAAUUCAGAAGGUAUUUUGAAACUAUUAUGGUUCUAUAGAGUUCUGUGAGGCUUGGGCAAUGGCUUUUUAUUCCGAGGAGGAAAAAACUGAAGAUUAUCUUUUCAAGAUUGUUUUAAUUGGUGAUUCAGCCGUGGGAAAAUCAAAUUUGCUCGCUAGAUUUGCUAGAGAUGAAUUUUACCCUAAUUCCAAGUCAACCAUUGGAGUGGAGUUCCAGACCCAAAAGAUAGAAAUAAAUGGAAAGGAAAUCAAAGCUCAGAUAUGGGAUACAGCUGGUCAAGAGCGAUUUAGGGCCGUUACAUCUGCAUAUUAUAGAGGAGCUGUUGGAGCUCUCCUCGUAUAUGACAUUAGUAGGCGUCAGACCUUUGACAGCAUUGGAAGAUGGCUGAAUGAACUUCACACUCAUUCUGACAUGAACGUAGUAACCAUACUGGUUGGCAACAAGUCUGAUCUCAAGGAUGCUAGAGAAGUACCAACUGCUGAAGGCAAGUCUUUGGCAGAAGCUCAGGGUCUGUUUUUUAUAGAAACCUCAGCCCUCGAUUCUUCGAAUGUGACAAACGCAUUUCAGACAGUCGUGAAAGAGAUCUACAACAUAUUGAGCCGAAAAGUAAUGAUAUCUCAAGAGCUUAAGAAGCAGGAUGUGAGCUGGAUGGAGAAUGGAAAGACUACUGUAGUUAUACAGGGAGAGGACCAAGUAGAAGGAGAGCCCAAAAAAGGUGGGUGCUGCUCAUCCUAGUAAUUUACAUAUUGGAAUCUGUUCUUUCAUUUAUUCUGCUCAUUAUAUAGCAUCAUUUGCUUAACAACUUCCACAUGUAUCUUCUUCUCCAUCUUGUUGAGUUUUCUUCAGUCGAUGAAUCUGCUCUCUCUAUGUUUUUUCUUCUGCAAUUCUGGGUAACAUUUGAUUUGAUGCGUUCUCGCAUGACUGAUGGAUUAGAGAAACAUGGGGGGAAUUGAAAAAUGUAAAUGUGACCUGAAAGGGUUUAAUUUUCAAAAGUAAUAUUUUUUACCUCUGUUCAAAUUUAUGCUCAAAAUCCUGUCUGAGCUUCUAAAGAAUAUCAUUCCAACAUCAUCAUUGUAUGGUUCAUUAUUCUCAAACUUUUAUCUUAUGUCGUCCUCUGAAGAAUAUUCAUUGUAGUACUUGAAAGCAAGUAUAAGUUAUUAGAUUGAUACGAUUUGGUAAA